CCUCCCCUCGGUUGAGUACCUGGAGUGCGACAUCGGUCAGACCGAGUUCACGCCGCCCGGCUGCGUGUCGCUGAGUAACGUCACGGAGCCCAUUCUCGGCCCACCGUUCACGCACCAGCAGGCGCCGUGCAAGAUGGUGUACUACGGCCAGACGAGCUGCGAGCAGGACACGGAAAGGUACCUGGAUGUGGUGAAGUACGUGUUCGGCUGCUACAGGAAGGAAGUGCCCUUGGUCAUCAACACCAUGGGCUGGGUGAAGGGCCUGCUGUCGCCCAGCCACAUCGUGCAGAUGGACGUGUACGACUGGAAGGCCAUGGCCCCGCUGACGCCCGAGUACGUGCAGCUGGCGCCCGGGCUGUUCACCAAGGGCAAGCAGCCGGGGAAGGGCGGCGUGGAGACCUGGGCGGCCUCCGAGGGGCAGGAGGCUGUGACGGUGCCCGAGUACAAGCUGCUGUACGUCCACCCGGAGUUCCCGCGCGCAGGGGUUGCGGGUGAAGCGCGGGUGCACAGCGGCAUCCUGCGCGACAUGGCCAUGCUGGGCUACCUGGGCCAGCUGCAGCCCCCGGACGUGGGGGCGGUGCUGCCGCUGCACAGCCUCGUGCCCUAUCAGGUUCCUUUCAGCGCGGUUGCGCUCAGGGUGGUGCACACCGAGGUGGCUCCCACCAACACGAUGUACGCGGUGAACGCCAGCUGGGUGGGGCUGUGCCGCCUCGCCGAGGAGGUCAGCGGCCACGGUGACGGGCCCGUCCUGCUGACACAGACCCCGCUCUGCGACUGCCUGGGCUUCGGAAUCGUGCGAGGGGUGGACAUGCAGAAGAAGCUUUACCACGUCCUGACGCCGGUGCCCCCGGAGAGCCUGCGGCUGGUGAACUGCCUGCUCCUGGGGAACGUCGCCAUCCCAAACUGCGUCCUGGCGGGCCAGCAAGGAGUCGAGGGGGAGAUCCCCUACGUCACCUCCGAUUACAACUACAGCAUCCUGGGCUCCGGGAAGCUGAGGAAGAAGAAGCAUUUCAAGAGGAGGGAGUACACCUUCGAGUACGACUACACCUGA